UCUUUUUCACAAAUGGUGGCUAAGAUGCCUAUUUAUUUAAUUUUGUAAGUAGUCUUUCGUACCUACCUUUUUUCCAAACAUGAAUUUUUUACUUGACCUAUUUGGGAAGUUCACUAGUGACUUCUGAAUGCAAGUGCCAUUUUUGUAAGUCUGUAAGGCUAUCCCUAUUUCAACUUAAUUCAUACUAAUUGGAGGAUAAAUUAUCUGGUUUUCUGAUCAGUUUUGUUAGAAAUUGUUGUAAUUAUCAAUAGGAGGAUGCAUGUUUGAUUCAUGUCUCAGGAUUGAGUCUGGUGUAUGAAAAAACUCACCUAGGAGAGCUAGCCCACUGGGAUGUAGAUGUUACUGACUCAAAGAAGGUUACCUCCAAUAUGGGGAUACUUGUAUUAGACAAAAAAUUAUUGCAAUUGAAGAAUCUAUAAAAUUAGCACUAGCACCUAAUGUGGAAUUUCUGUGUGAUGUGGUGCUAUAAAGAGCCUGACAACUAGUUGAUGUUAAAUAUUAUCUGAAUAAUUUUUUUUUUUGCUUUGUAGUUGCACAGCCAGAUUCUGGACAUAACAGUGGCAGAGGAAGGGGUCGUUGUGGAAGUAGAGCAGUAGAUCAAGAGAUGACUUCACAUGUCAAGUUUGAAGAUGAUUCUGACAUGUUGGAGGAAAAUGACAAGCACACUCAAAGCAAUGAAAGCCCAGAAAAUGUGUCAAAACCUGAAGAAGUUAAGCUGAGUUCUCCAGUUAGGAAACUGGCUGAAGUGGACGUUCGAAAUUUUGACUCAAAUAUGAACCCGGAUGAGAACAUGGAUUUGUUAUCCACACCAAGUCCUGUGUCGACUAGUUCAUCUGCAAAAUCAGUGCCAGAAGAGAAGCAAGAGGAACCACCUGGAUGUUCCUUGUCUGAUGUGGAAAAAAUGACCAUUGAUCCCAUACAACUGGCUAACUUGAAUAGAAGGAUUCAUGAAGAUGUGGAAGAUUAUGAUGAAGUCUAGUUAAACCUGUGUUAGUUCAAUUAGAGUAGAGUUUUUUACUAGUGUUACUCAGAUGCACAUUGGUUAGGAAGAUCAGGAGUCAUUGGAUACUCUCCUUAAUUUAACAACUUUAGGUUAGAAUAUUUGAUCCAUUUAGAAAUAACCAUGGAAUGGUAUUGUAAAUUUGGAAAUUAUAAAUACUCAAUAUCAAGUGCAUGGUUGAAGAUAACUUUUUUGUCUAGCGGUCAAUGACA